AUGGACGCCCUCAAAUCCGCCAUCCAACCCAUAACGCACAACCUGCCCCAACCCAUCGCCGACGUCGGCAUCUCGCUCCUCGGCCCAAAAUGCUACAAAACCCUCAUCUACAACGUCGACAUCACGGCCACGGAAUGCGUCAAACUCGCCAUCUCCAAGGGCCUCGGCAUCGGCAUCAUCGGCGCCUCCUCCAUCGUCAAGAUCCCACAGCUCCUCAAACUGCUCAACUCGCAGUCCGCCGACGGCCUCUCGUUCCUGUCCUACCUCCUCGAAUCAAGCAGCUACCUUAUCAGCCUUGCGUACAACGUCCGCCAUGGAUUUCCGUUUAGCACGUAUGGCGAGACGGCGCUUAUUCUCGUGCAGAAUAUUGCUAUUGCGAGUUUGGUGUUGAAAUACAGUGGACGGGGUGUGGGCGUUGCGGGAUGGAUUGGGGGGUUGGCGGCGGCGGGCGCGGCGCUGUUUAAUGACCAGUGGGUUGAUAAUGAGAAGUUGAGCUUGUUUCAGGCGACGGCUGGUGUGUUGGGCGUUGCGAGCAAGGUGCCUCAGAUUCUGACGGUGUGGAGUGAGGGUGGGACGGGCCAGUUGAGCGCUUUUGCUGUUGUCAACUACCUCCUCGGUUCCCUGUCUCGAAUCUUCACAACUCUCCAAGAAGUCGACGACCCGCUCAUCCUCUACGGCUUCAUCGCUGGCUUCGCCCUCAACGCUAUCCUCUUCUGCCAGGUCGUAUACUACUGGAACGCGCCCGCGUCCAAGAAGACGGAGUCGAAGAAAUUGGAAAAACCCAUCGCGGCUGACAGGAAGGAAAUGGCGCGUGCCGUCUCGAGCGGUGCUACGCCGUCGUAUGCGAAUGCCGCGGGCAAGAGUCCAAGCACAAGACGCAGGGGAUAG